AUGUACGAUGCAUGUGGCCAGUCUUUCAUUGCCGCCGAUGGCGACCGUGUUAAGGCUUCUACCCGAAUGUUUGGGGACACUGGCGUCAUGGCAAUGGUCUGUCCGCACGACAUUCCAUUGUUCCUUGUGAAUAUGUGGACUGCAGGGGAAAAGCAAUUUUAUGCCCUUGCUCUCUUAUCGGCGCUCCUGCAGCAUAUUCCAUCGUCUUGGAAAGUUGGUGUUCUAUACGAUAUUGGAUGUCAGAUGGAUUGUGCGCUCAAAAAGUGGGAUUUUGCCCCAGAAUGGCGGACCCGGCUUGUGUGGGGUGUGUCAAUAUUUCACAUGUAUGGCCAUCAGUACAGCUGUCAGCUCUGGUAUCACCCUCGGAAAAGUGUCAUCUGGGGCCUCACUGAUGAAGUUUCCAUUCUUUGGGAAGUGGUUACAUGCACGCGUGCUGAAGGCCCGGGGGAAGGAGGAAGAGGCUUUGGGAAAGCUCAGUGA